AAUCCCCCAACUUAGCACUUAUCACCACUAGGACGACGCAAGCGGAAGCAAUACUGGAGAAUGGAUCUCGCUCUCUGCUCUCUAAUCCCAACCUUCUCCUCUCUGUCCUUCUCUUCGAACAUCUCCUCAAAGACGACCCAAACCCUCUCCAUCUCUAGAUCUCGCCUCUUCUCCGAUGCCUUCCCUCUGCGGAAGAGCUUGUCCCACUCCGCGAUAGUUGCCUCCUCUUCAUCCAUGGCCGCUGCCUCCAUUUCUGCGGUGCCCUACCUUGAGGGAAUGAGCCUGGAGAAGUACGUGAAGUCGAGGCUUCCAGGAGGAUUUGCGGCUCAGAAGAUCAUUGGGACCGGGCGGAGGAAAUGCGCCAUUGCUCGUGUAGUCCUUCAAGAGGGCACGGGCAAGUUCGUCAUCAAUUACCGUGAUGCCAAGGAAUAUCUUCAAGGCAACCCUUUAUGGCUACAGUACAUAAGGACCCCUUUGGUCACCCUCGGCUAUGAGACCAACUAUGAUGUAUUCAUUAAAGCUCAUGGGGGCGGGCUUUCAGGUCAGGCUCAGGCAAUUUCUCUUGGGAUUGCUCGUGCCUUGCUCAAGAUGAGCGAAAAUCACCGGGCUCCUCUGAGAAAGGAAGGUCUUCUUACCAGAGAUUCUCGGGUUGUUGAAAGGAAAAAGGUUGGACUGAAGAAGGCUCGAAAAGCACCUCAAUAUUCAAAACGUUGAGUUGCUGCAAAUGCUGGUUAUUCGGCUUGCAUCUUACCUUUUCUGACUGGAUGAUUAUUCUUAUGCUCUGUCGUUGUUCUUGAAGCAGAUUAUAAUUAGGGAUACUUUGAUAGCAUGAACGAGGUUCUUCAGUCCUUUCUCCCUUUUGGUUUUUAGCCAUUUGGUUGGCAAAGUUGUUUUAUUUGGGGCUUGAACUAGACCUUAUUCCUCGAAGUUUUUAUGUAAAAAUGGAUGAAAUGCUUCCAAUUUGUUUCAUAUUAUGUAGCAAUUCUGUUCAGUGGAGAAACUUUGCAGAAGCGAUUAAUGAAUCUAAGUUUAAGUUUGAUGCAGGGA